AUGAAUAACGACACUGAUCCUGUUGAAAUUGAAAAUAUGAAUGUUACAGUAGUUAUCAAAGAUAAUGUUGAAUUCAAAGUUGAAAUGCCAGUUGCUCGUGUUUUAUUGGGGGGCUUGUUUGGAGAUGUUGGUGAGACCAAACAAUUAAUUCCACUUCCGAAUAUCGACGAAAAAAUAUUCAGAAAGGCUGCUAACUACUUGGAAAUCAAGAAAUUACUAGAUUAUGGUUGCAAAACUGUUGCAAACAUGAUUAAAGGAAAGUCACCAGAAGAAAUUCGAUCAACAUUUUCCUUAACAGGUGAAUUUUCACCUGAAGAAGAAGAAGCAAUUCGCAGGGAGAAUGAAUGGGCUAGCGAUUCAUAG